CACAGGUCUGUAUUAGUACCCGGUACCUGCAGAAAAAAAAGCUGUUUAUGCCUGGCAAAUCUCCCAAUCUUUCUUGCUCUUAUUUUUUUUCCUAUCGAAAGCUUCCUCUUGGUUUGUGUGAAGCUGUUAUUCCACCGCGAGAGAGCAGUUCGGCCAAAUCGACUAUUAUAGACUAUCAGAAUUAAGGGGGCGGACCAUGGCUAAGGCUAGGACGAAGAAGCGCACCCAUGUGGGCGCGAACAAUCCCAAGCACAAGGCGCCUCUGGCGGGGCGCUCGGUAGCCCAAGAUCCCAAGAGCAUGGUGAUCCGCAUCGGCGCCGGCGAGGUUGGGUCCAGCGUCAGUCAAUUGGCCAAAGAUGUCCGCCAGGUCAUGGAGCCUGGAACAGCCAGCCGUCUUAAAGAACGUCGCGCCAACCAUCUACGAGACUAUGUCAACAUGACCGGUCCUCUCGGCGUCACCCACCUCCUUCUCUUCUCGCGGUCCGAGUCCGGCAACACCAAUCUGCGCAUAGCUACCACGCCCCGCGGACCUACGUUGCACUUUCGCGUUGAGAAGUACUCCCUGUGCAAAGAUGUGCGCAAAGCCCAGAGACGUCCUAGAGGCGGCGGCAAGGAGUACACCACAUCCCCGCUGCUGAUCAUGAACAACAUCUCGACCCCUGGCGCCGAUGCCAAUUCCAAAGUACCCAAACACCUCGAGUCGCUCACCACUACUGUAUUCCAGUCUCUCUUUCCCCGCAUCAACCCGCAGACCACGCCCCUCAGAUCCAUACGCAGGGUUCUCCUCUUGAAUAGGGAGCCCUCAGGAGACGAGGCCGACGGCUCGUUCGUGCUCAACUUCCGACACUAUGCCAUUCACACGAAGCCUGCCGGGGUAUCGAAACAGCUACGCCGACUCGACGCCGCCGAGAAACUCCUUAGCGAGAAGAACCGCAGAGGCGGUGUUCCGAAUCUGGGGAAGUUGGGGGACAUCUCGGAAUACAUCAUCGGCGGCGAGAACGGCGAAGGCUACGUAACAGACGGCACGAGCGGCAGCGAGAUGGAUACCGACGCCGAGGUCGAGGUCCUCGACGAGGCGCCGCGCAAAGUACUCUCGAGCAAGGCUCGCGCGGCCAAGCUGGAAAGAGAAAGAGAGGGAGAGCCUGCUGCCGAGGACGACGAGAGGAUAGAACGGCGGCGCGUUGCCCUGGUCGAACUCGGGCCACGCAUGAAACUACGCAUGACCAAGGUCGAGGAAGGACUCUGUUCCGGCAAGACGAUGUGGCACGAGCACAUCCACAAGUCGAGGCAGGAGAUCCAAGACCUGGAGCAGCGGUGGGAGAAGCGCAGACAGGAGAAGGAGGCGAGGAGGAAGGAGCAAAAGGCCAACGUCGAGAGGAAGAAGAAGGAACGGGCGGCCAGUGGCGCCAAGCAAAAUAAGAAGGAGGGUGAGGGCGACGACGGUGACGACGGCGGUGACGACGACGAUGUCGAGAUGAACGGCAACAACAGCGAUCUGUUUGACGAGAUGAUGGAUGACGACGAGUUCGACAGCGAAGGAAUAGCGGGAGACGCCGAGGAAGCUAUCGGCGAACAGAUGGACGACGACGAGUGGGAAGACGAAAGAGAGGAAAUCGCGGGCUGAGACCACCUACGUCCUCCUCCGCCUUUGGCGGGACCUACGUGUUGGCAUAGUUAUGGCGUCCCGGCGUUAUCGAAUCUACUCAACAUAAGUGUUGUUAUGUAGUAGUGCUAUUAAUAGACAUUUCGAGCUACCGGAGGUUAAAUCCAUUUAGGGGUCUUUCCGUCUCGGUCUCCCCGCGCCGAUUAUUCAUGUGUGUGCACCGCGAUGCCAUGGCGAGGGCAACGAUGUGAACGAUAUCUAAACCUUUCUGGCCCCACUAAGUCUAGCGUUUGAUGACGCUCGACGAAGCGUCCCAGGACAAAGCGGAGUUGCGGGGCAGGACACUAGCAAGUCCGGGUUGGAAGGGUGCCGUGACCGCCGGGAUUCUCAGGUCCGGCUUCGGAUUUCUCAAAAAGGAUCGCAAUACGCUCGGGCAGUGCAGCCGGCGGGAACGUCAAACGCUUCUACGAUAGACCGAGCGAGCUUCUGGCGCCGCCGUGAAGAGCGACUAUACACUUCAGGCCCAGGCCUUCUCGACGGUGGUGGUACCCGCUCAGGUCUACUUUGGCCGUUUGGCCCAAGCUUACCUAGCACAAUCGAGAAAUACCUAGCAUUUAUAUCGUAUCCCGACUCACAUGCGGCUCUUCAGAAAGGCCCGAAGCGCUGACAACCCCGCGGUUAGAUUAGGUGAUUC